AAAUAUGUUAGUUUCAUGUGUCUCCCCCCGCCUGGUCCCUUGAUAACACUGCACGGGAGGCCCAGAGGCGGAGGCUAUCGGGGGGGAAAAUCAGCCCGCACUGCUGAGUAGCCAUUGUGGUGGAGAGAGACGGGUGUGGGAUUCUCUGGCAAGUUCUGGAGGCGAGCGUUCUCUGGCGCUAGUGUUGGGUCGGGUGCGUGGGCCGAAGUGUGCCGCUCAGUAUAUUAGAAACCCCCGGUGUACCCGGCUCAGUAUGUCAUACUUCCACGGUUCGCCCAGUAGCCACACCAAGCCACACUCGAGAACUGCCGCCGGCCACGGCUUCGGUGAGGGAAUACCCAGCUUCGGGGAGGACGCCAGAUCUAGACAUUCGUGGGAGAGGAGGGUGCCUGAUCUGAGUGAGAGGCUCAGAAGCCUUUCCCCAAGUGCCAGAAAAUCCGGGGAAGAAAUAUUGAGAGAUCUUAAGGAACAAUUGAGACGGGAGGGGGACAUGUUCUUCAGCAACUCGUCGCCUGACUGGGGAUUUAGUCCGAAAUCUAUGUUUUCUAAGGCUGAAGACGGAGAAGACUUUGCACGCCGAGGAAUGGAUGACCUGCGCGGCCGCCACCAGAUGUUCCGCAUGCCCAACUGGAUGUCCGAGGACGACGACAUGAGUGACUUGGCCACACGAAUGUCCCACGCUCCGCACUUUGCCACUUUGGGCCGCCGUGGGGGCCCCUGGCGGGAGAGGCGCAGUUCGGGAGGCUCAGCUAUGAGCGCAACUUCGGAGGAUGAUUCCUGUGACGCUGGGGCCACAGACAAGUCAUCCCAGGGCUCGGCUGGAUCUUCAGACGUUCCCAGCCACGAAAUACCUAUCCGACUUGAGGCCCCAGCACCUCCAGUGUCAUCAGAACAACAGCAACAACAGGAAAAUGAGCCCGUUGCGCCACUCUCCUCCAAGAUAGGAGGCAACAGGAAGAGCAAUCAGUAUCCAGUGCGCACCACCUCCGCAGUGGACGCCAGCGACCACUCUGACAAUGUGCCUCGGACGACUCGCUGUGCGUCUGCGCCCCCGGAAAUGGCCGAACAGCCUGUGACACAUGAUACACAGACGCCACCAACCCAACAAAGGUUUGUCUCGAAAAUUAACAUAACGCCACAGGCACCACAGAGCCCCGGUUCGCCGCACCCAAAGGCCACACCGGUGUCCCCACUCCCCGCCAAGUUCAAUACUGUGCCCAAGCCUUUCGUCCCUGCAAAUAAACAGCAACAAGAAACCCAGCAACAGCCUCAGCAGUUCGUCGAGCAGCAACCACCCCAACAAAUGCCCGAACAGCAGUGGCAGCACCAGCAACAACCGAUGGCAGACUCGCAGUGGCAAUACCAGCAUCCCCAACCACAGUACCAGCAAUAUCCACAACAGAACCAGGAGCCACAACAGUACCAACAGUACUCCUACCAGCAGCAACAGCCUCCACCACCACCUCCCCCUCAGCAGCCCAACAGGCAGGCAGGUCAGAGGCCAAGUGUUGUUCGCAACAUUCCCAUCUUUGUGGAGGGCCGUGAUGGUCCCAUAGUUAACGAAGACUCGAAUAACACACAAAAGCCUUCUGGCCAGUGGGGCCAAACUAGGCAGCAGCAGCAUCCACAACAGUAUCAGACAGCACAGCAACAGCAUCCACAACAGUAUCAGGGAGCACAGCAGCAGCAUCCACAACAGUAUCAGGGAGCACAGCAGCAGCAUCCACAACAGUAUCAGGGAGCACAUCAGCAGCAUCCGCAACAGUACCAGCCACAACAGCACCAGCCACAGCAGCAGCAACAGCCACAACAACAACAGAGGCAACAGAAGCCCUUGUUUAGACCACAACCUCAUUCUCAGGCACAGCAAACUCCUCCUCAUCCAGAACCUAUUCCUCAACCGGUGCCCAUGCCCAUGCCCAUGCCCAUGCCCAUGCCCCAACACUCCCAGCAGCAGCAGCCUCAUCAAUCUCAGGACCAGACAGACACACAGCCUGAGCGUAAGACUCAGUCCCCAGCCAAAGACCCACGUUUGGCACAGAUUGAGGCAGUACGGGCGUCAAUAGAAGAAUAUAUAGACAAAGUUAAUGGCUUCCAGGGAACCAAAAAAGACCGAGAGUUCCUUUAUUUGGAUGAAAUGCUGACACGGGCAUUGCUGCAGCUGGACAACGUCGACCCAGACGGCUGCGACGAAGUCCGAAAGGCGCGAAGAGCCGUUAUUAAGGACAUAAAUGCUGCUAUAUCUGCACUCGAAGCCAAAGCCAGUGAGCCAAAAGUGGAGGACAAGAAGCAGGAACCUACUGCCGAGUCUAUGGAAACAGAAACGAAUCGGUGUCAGCCGUCAGUAGUCCCUGAAAAACAGCAACCAACGGAAUCUCCCGCAGAGCAUCCAGCGGAAGGCACCAACAGCCGCCAGCAGGAGGAGGAACAGCAGUCAGUAAAGCCUCCUGACGAGAGCACAAACUCUCAUCUGGCCUCAUCGACAUCCGUGGGGGACGUCGAGAAGAAGAUCGAGCCAUCGGCUUCCACGGAGAAGAUGGAGACGGAGUCGCAGGAACCAGCAACUACCUCAAGCGAUGGCGGCCCUCCUGAAGGUCCAAACACUACCGCCUAAGAUGGAGUGGCUCGUAUUUGGUGAUCAGCUUGUUAGCUGUGUCUCAGUGUCCUGUAAAUAUAUAUAUGUGUGUGUGUGCAUGGAUUAUACUAAUAUAUAGACAUUGCUAUGAAUAAAUGGGAGUUUGAAGAA